AUGUUUUACUUUUCAAUUGAGCUUCUUUUUUUUUGUAUACCCGUCAUUUGUAAAGUGAUAUAUGUAUUCGAUUCUGUCAUGUUUCUUAGGAAUUUCUCAUCUUUGCGUGAGGUCUAUCCAUCUUUUCAUAUCUAUCUAUCUAUCUAUCUAUCUAUCUAUCUAUCUAUCUAUCUAUCUAUCUAUGUACCGCAAUCUUUUUAUAUCUAUCAAUCUAUUCAUAUCUAUCUAUUUGUCUAUGUAACUCGGUUAAUUCAUAUCUAUCUAUCUAUCUAUCUAUCUAUCUAUCUAUCUAUCUAUCUACGUCAAUCUUUGUAUAUCUAUCAGUCUUUUCAUAUCUAUGUUUAUUUAUCUAUGUAUCUCGGUCUAUUCAUAUCUAUCUAUCUAUCUAUCUAUUUAUCUAUCUAUCUACAUCAAUCUUUUUAUAUCUCUCAGUCUUCAUAUCUAUCAAUCUAUCUAUCUAUGCAUUUAUCUAUGUAUCUCGGUUUAUUCAUAUCUAUCUAUCUAUCUAUCUAUCUAUCUAUCUAUCUAUCUAUCUAUCUCUUUUUCCUUAUCUAUCUUAGUCUAUUCAUAUCUAUGUUAGUAAAUUCAUAUCUAUCUAUCUAUCUAUCUAUCUAUCUUAUUCUUUUUACAUAUAUCAGUCUUUCAUAUAUCUAUCUAUUUAUCUAUUCAUAUGAUGUACUUUAUUCGUUAUUAUCGGUUCGACUCUAUCGCUCUUGCGCGAGGGCUUCUCCUGUAUUUUCUUGA